AUUGCUGUUGCCGCUACUCACGGAGCAUCCUCUCAGGCUGCUGAGGUACCGGUUUAAAUUGGGACUUGUUUAUUUGCUAAAAUGGCCUUAUCUAAACCUGAUGACUUGACUUUAGAUGACUGCCAGUGUCUCCUUUGUAUGGAAUUUCUCAUCGAGCCCAUAACUCUGCCUUGUAACCACACAGUGUGUAAGUCAUGCUUUAAGGCCCUUCUCCGAAAAACAUUUUUAUCGUGCCCCUUCUGCCGCACCCGGGUCUCUUCAUGGGCUCGGUACCAUACUCAUAUAAGUAGUCUUAUCAAUAAGGAACUGUGGGAAAGAAUUCAAGCUCAGUAUCCAGAGGAAUGCAGUCGUAGGAGCCCUGAGGAGGACAAGUCAUGUUUAGUCUUCUAUGAGGAUCCGCCGCCAGUUCGAGUAAUAAGUAAUCCCGGGGAAUUGAGGAAAGAAUAUGAAGAGGAGAUGAUCAGGCUGGAGGCUGAGCGCCAGGCCACCGAGGAAAAACAAAACAGAGCUACUAAGAAAUACAUAAGGCAGUUAUUGGCAAAGGACAUGGAGGAGGAAAAAAUACGGGCAGAAAAGCGCAGACUGGAAGAACAAAAGCAAAGGGAGGAGGAAGAGGCUAAAAAACUCAGCACGGAUGAUAAAGCAACAUCCCCAAGAAAGAGAAAAAGGAAACAAAAACAUUGUGACAACGUCUCAAAAUUUUCCCUUCCUUGCUCUCAGCCUGAGUCAGCAUCACGGCAUGAUGCUGUGCAAGAUGGUAAGAAAACAUCUGUAAAAACUGACAGUGAUGGGAAGAGCACUGGCGGACAGGGAAAAAAAACUAAAACAGCUACAAAAGGUCCUGAGAUUCCAGACCAUGGUGCUAUAAGUUCCCAUUAUGCAUUGUGUUACGGCUGUGAUGAGAAAGAGGGCACUUCGGGAAAUGAGGCAGCAAAACCAAGCUGCUCUAAUCACAACUUGUAUGUACCACCUAAGAAUAUUAAAGCAGAAGCUACAGCUCACUCUCCUGCCGAAACAGAGAGUGGAAGCAGUGUAUCAGCCAUGACAGUGGAAAUUGGAAACGGCACAACUGAGGCAAAAGGUAAAAUGUCUCACUCUUCGAGCGGUAAACAUACUUCUAAAAGAAAGCAUGAGAAAUCUUCAUCUGAAGCAGCCAGUGAGCUUGACACUUACGACCUGCCCUCCAAAUCUUCCUCAGAUGAAGACGAAAUACAAGUCUUAAUUACCAAAAAGCUGAUAGAUUUGGAGAAUCUGUAUUUUGAGAAGCAUCAGCAAGAAGAACAAGAUAGACUAUUUGCAUUGGAGCUUCAAAAAGCAUUUGAUGAAGAAGGGAAGGAAAUGUGGGGUGAAAAGUUCCCAAAGAAAAAUCCAUACCACUACGAUUCCUCCCCUCCAGACACUUCAGCAAAAGGAGAGGGUUCCAAAGAUAAGGACAUCUGAAAGGGUCUCUUGAGAUCCUCCUGCCAGCCUUCUGAGUGCCGUAUUUACAGAUGUGCAUCACUACGUCAACCUGCAUUCAUCUUUAAUGGACCUUAUGAUUACAGAGAAUAGAAAUGUGGUUCUGUAAAACUCAAGUCAUAAGCAAGGGUGCCUAGCCUUCAUGCUAUUAAUGGUUAUUCUGUUGUUAGUAGGGGUGAUAACUACGUUUGAUAGUUCUUAUGGAUAUAAAAUGCCUUGGGAAUGCUAGACCUCUUGAAGUCUUUUAUCCCCAACUCACUAAU